AUGUAUAUGCCCUUGAAAGAUAAAACAUUAAACGCCAUAAAUAGAAAAGAUCAUUAUCUUAGACUUCAUUCUACAAAAAAUUCCACAAGUCCAGAUUCUUCAGAAUCAGUCGCUAGUGCACUAGCUAAAUUCUUUUGUAUCUAUGACCCACGUUUAAUGACAAGUUGUGAUUUUCUUAUCUGGCGAACUCACAAUCAAGUUUGUUUGCCCGUUAAAGACCGCCAGGAGGAAAUCCCUUUAUUUAUUAAUUUUUUACGAAAAUAUAAACAUGAAUGGUCAGAAGAGGAACUAGAGAAGAAUUGUGAUAUAGAAAAAUUUUUUCAACUUCGUCUGGUAGAUCCUCGUGCAUUUGUUAAUUGGUGCGAAGAUGAAUACAACACAACUCUUGAGCGGAAGAAACUUCUACCAAACAAACUAGUUGGAGGUGAUAUAAAAAGACAAGAAACAUUUAAAAAAUACAUGUAUUUGCAGACAAGUCCGUCGAAGUGGAUAAUUACUCAUAAUAAUGAACCCAUAGAUAUUGGAAGAGCAUUUGCUAGGACUAUUGUUUGGGAUGAGAUUAAGAUGCUUGAAUAUGAUAAUCCAACAUUAUCGUUUAUAAUAGAUUUAACUCAACCGCAGAAAAAAUUCCGACAU